UCUCUCUGUGUAGCUUUGUCCGUGAUGGGAGGAGGACGUGUUGAGUGUGUCCGCUGCGCUGCCAAGGUUCAUGGCUCUGCUGGGUUGUGAUCUGCAUCAUUUGGAGUGGUUCUAUACCGGUUCUAUAAGCUCUCCCUCCUGUGCCGCGGCGUGUGCAGUGAAGCAGUGAUGUGAGUGGUGGCUGGCAGUGUCCGGAGCAGUGAUCGUUUAGGCAAGGGAGUUUUUCCAAAGGCCACUCGGAUUACAGGCCCCCGAUCUUGACCCUCUCUCCCCCCACCAUACCUGCAGGAAAGAUGGGGUCCAGAAAUAUACCCAGCGAUAAGAUCAACUUACGCCUCAUCCUGGUGAGUGGCAAGACGAAGGAGUUCCUGUUUAGCCCCAGUGAGUCGGCGGGGGACAUCGCCCAGUUCGUCUUUGAUAACUGGCCACAGGAAUGGGUGGAUGAGAGUGUGAGCAAAGCGGAGAUCUUGCGCCUCAUCUACCAAGGGAGGUUCCUGCACGGCAAUGUGACGCUUGGAGCCCUUGGCCUCCCGGCGGGCAAGACCUGUGUCAUGCACCUCGUGCCCAGAGAAAACCUCCCAGAACCAAACUCUCAAGACCAGCGACAGAAGAGCAAGGGCGGCUCCUCCAGUUGCUGCUCCCCCUCAUGUGCCAUUCUCUAGUGGCCUGCUGUUGCUGCCACUGCCGCCACCUUACCUCUACCACCACCACUACCACUACCAGCACUACCACCACCAUCUCUACAGCUACCACAAGCUACACACACCUGUGACCAUCCACUGCCUGCCAGACACCAAGAUCAUCCUCACUCUAGGAGAAAAGAAGAGGACUUCAUGUAGAUGCUGUUGCGUAUCCUCCCAUCUAAGGAACCCAGCGAAUAGAGUACCAAGACACUUGUAUUGUGAAGCAAGGCACUGGCCUUGUGUGCUCCAGGAUGGUAGAGCUGGCCUUGUAGGGAGCCUGAGAGAGACAGACAGUGCUUGUGCUCAGUGUGAGUGACAUACAGCAAAUUUGUCAGUGCUCAGGUGAACGAGAGACUCCAUGGGAGCUGCAUUUGUCACUAGCUGAGGUAGACAGCACUGAGCCAUUAAAGGAACAUUGUAGUUAGAUAUGUUGGAUGAGGGAUUAUACCAGUGCUCAGAAGAAACAAUGAGAGUGUGAAAAGACACUCCUUCCCUUCACUGUGCUGGCUGGUGGUGAUGGCAGUGAUGGUGGUGGUUGGGAGUGACUCUAAGGUGGUGCGUGUUGUGGGUGUGACUUGCACCUCCCCUCCAAGACUGCCAUUUCUGAGCACCAGAUACUAAUGAUCGUUGUCUUGCUUAAAUCUCGAUAUCUUCUUAUUUCUCAAGGUCACAAAUAUUGAAGAAUACUUUAUUGUUAUUACUCUAUGCUUAUUAAAAAAAAUAUAUAUAAAUACCAUGUAUGUCUGUGUGUGUUGAAGACAUGUUAAGGUUACCAGUGAUAUGAGUAGUGAGCACUGUCGAGGUUGGCCAGAUAGAAAGAGCAGGAACUGUUGAGAGCAGGAGAGACUGUGAUGGACUUCUUCCCCUCUGCAAGCCCUCUGCCUCUCCAGGAGUCCCCAGUGCAGCCGAGGCUUUGUUGGGCUUUGCCUCAUGCAGUGGGGGGCAGACUCUGUGCAUCAUAGAGUGGUAGUGUGGGCAAGUUUCAGAGCUUUCAUCCAGUGACUCAGUACUAUGGGUUUUUAGCAGGCACUGGUAGAGUUUACACUUGUACAUAUAUAAAUAAAUAUAUGUAUAUGAUAAGCAAAUAAAAAAAAAAGAUUAUGUGAUAUAAAUGAUAAAGUGUAGGUCUCAUGUAACUGUCUCAUCUGUCCAGAGAAAUGUUUCAAGGUGGUUGUCAUCUCCUACCCCAGUGUUGCUUUGUUUGUUUCUUGCCAUACUAGGUCAGGUGCUCCCCCCACCCCCUUCCCUGGCAGUGCAGGUGCCUGGCCCAGUGGGGUGCCACACUUUGGUAGGACAUGUGAAGACUGUCUAUGCCAAGGGUGCACCAAAAUACUUCAGCAUUUUUAAAGAAAAAAAAUCUUGUUCCAACUGUAGUUCUUAACUUUAAACUUGAUGUUCUUCCAUUGCAUGAACAGUCCAGCCAGCUGGCCUUGUGUGUGCAGGAAUUACUACUCAGCAAGUUAUGAAUGUUUGAGUUAAUUCAUCACUUCCUUCCCCCACGGCUGCCUCUAGUGCGGGGGGGAGGGUGGGGAGAGUGACCAAUAGUGACAACAACUAUGAAAUGUGGUGCUUCAUCAGCUUGCCCUGUAUGCGUCCAAGCCACCUGAUACCUGACCCCUCCAGCCACACUGUGCAUGGUGCGGCAAACAGUUUCUUUUGUCAUGAUCAUCACCCAUAUGAUUACAGUAUCAUGCAACAAGCUUCAUGCUGGCCACAUCCUCACCGGUGCCCCAAGGCCCCAGAGUCUGUGGGCGCCAGGACCAGCAGCAUGCCUUGGCC